AUGUCUCCCACAUUCCUGCUGGUGGUGUUCCUGGGUGUGCUGCUUCUCACCACUUGUUCUCUUGCUGAUCAUGAUCACCAUAAACCUCCACAUAAGCCACCUCCUUUGGGUCCGAGACCACCACACAAGCCCCCUCCUUUGGGUCCGAGACCACCCCCAAAGCACAAGCUGCCAACACCGCUUGAUAAUGAGGCAGCAGUGCCAUUGAAGGACGUCGAAGCCUUGUACAAGCCUCCAGGGAAGAAACCACCACAUAGCCCGUACAAGCCACCCUACAAACCUCCUCCAUCAAACUAA